UUAUUAUUUGACCUGUGACCUGUACGAUUGGUGUAAUCAACUUUGAUUCAGUCUCCACGCUUACUACGUCGCGUCACGUCCUCUAAAUUGGACCUACAAACACUAGAAACGUGAACGAAAUAGUAGAAAUGAAAUCGUUGAUUUUUCUUCUUACCGCGAUCGUUUUGGUGAAUUGUGACCACUUGAUUAUGGGUGAAACUCAAAACAAGGCGCUGUUACAUCACGAAAUAGCUCAGUACAAUGCAAUACCCUUUUGGAAGCGAGAGAAGGACAUAUUUUACAGUUCCCCUGAUCAGAAAAUUAUAAAUGCAAUAAUGGUGUUUGACAAUUCGAACUCCAAUUCAAAAGCACGAGUGACUGCAGGAGGUGUGGGGAAGACCUUUGUCAACAUCCGCAUGACCAGCGAAAGAGGAGAAGGACUGGACUACGACAUAGGACUAUAUUCUUAAAAGCUUUAAAACAUAUUUUAGUAUUUUCUUUAAUGUAAUAAUCGUAAUUAUUAAUCAAUAAUAAUCAUAAUAUUGUACUCAUUGUAUCAUAAAUAUUUUUCACUAUUUAGCAAAUAUUUUAUUUAGUAGCAAUUUUGAAAUCGCUCAUAUUAUGAUGAUAGGGUGCCGUGGUAUGGGACAUUGAAGCCGAGUCACUGGCCGAAAUAUUUUGGCUAUGCCAGGAGGAACGUGAGGAAGGACGGAUCCCAUCGCCAGACCAGAUACGGCGAUGGAGAACAGCAGCACGGGACCGAGAUUUAGACCUUUGGCUCGGUCGUCUAAACGAGUCUCUAGUCAGCGUCGAACUGCUGAACGCAAUGCGUCCCGUACUGAGAGAAUGGGUGCACAGAGACAGCGGUGCGUUGUCGUACCGUCUCACACAGGUACUGCCCGGGCAUGGCUGCUUCGGUCAGUACAUUAUGUGCGACAUGGCCAGACGCGAGCAAAACACUGCUUGCCAUCAUUGCAGUGACGACCGGGAUACGGCGCAGAACACUUUGCUCGUCUGUCCCGCUUGGAGCAGACAAAGAGCGGCCCUACAGGCCACUAUUGGAACCGACAUCACGCUGCCGGCCAUCGUUCGUGCGAUGCUGGACAGCCAACAGUCUUGGAGGGCAGUCGAGACAUUCGCCGAAGUGGUAAUGUCGUCGAAAGAGGAGGCGGAGCGCAGGCGAGAGGCGGAGGCCCUCGGUCCUCGGAGAAGGCCGAGGCGGAGACCAAGGGCCGGACAUGGUCACGAUGUCCCGCCUUAGCAGGGGAACUUGGGGCUUUGGCAUGGGGCUGCCGUUGCCCAUGACAUUGAGUCCCGGGUAGGCCACGAUGCGCUAGUUGUUCCAGCGCAUCGUCGCGGAGUAAUAUGGAAUGGUGUCCACAAGAUGAGCCUGAAGAGGCAGAGGUGGUGGGGCUGCGGUUGUGUAUCACGAAUUUCCCGUAGUCAUCUUCAGAAGCAGGAACUCCGUUGGGGUUUUAGUGGGUAGUCCCGGGUGCGUCUUCCGUCC